AUGCUUAUACUUUUUAUUUUAUUUGCAUCAAGUGUUGAAAAGCUCACAUUAAUUCAACCAGAAAGCCUUAUUGAUAAAUUGGGCUCAGAAAUUAAAUAUGGCAUAGCCCAUUUUGGUGAUAUACCUUGGGGUUAAAGGAUGAUUGGUACACUGAUUCCAACAUAUCCUAUUGAUGGAUGUGGUUCCAUCUUACCUUCAAAAGACCAUGACUUUAUUUUUAUUGAACGAGGAAAAUGUACUUUUGUUACUAAAGUGAAGAACGCUCAAAAUGCUGGAUAUAAAUUUGUCAUCAUUGGAGACAAUGCCAAUGAAGACAUCGACAAUUCAUUUACUAUGCUUAAUGAUGGAUAAGGAUCUUCCGUUCAUAUUCCUUCCAUCAUUAUAGGUAGUAAAUGGAGUAAAGAGUUUAAGGACAUAUUUAGUAAUUAUGCUACGAUUUCAGAGUAUUCAAUUAAACUACUUAUGAAAUUUGAUGUAAUCAAAUAAUUGAAGGUUGAUGUUUUAUUCUCUAUUGAUUUGUUAAACAAUAGUUCACUUCAAAUUCUCAGUGACUACAAACCUUAUCAAUAAUUAUUCGAUACCAAUGAAGUGAAAUAUCAAUUUUUAUAUCCUAUUUACAGUUUGAAAAUGAAAGAGGAUGACAAUGCUAUUAUUGAAUCCUUAAAUUGCAUUUCUGAUGGUAGAUAUUGUACUUAUGACCCUGAUGGAGAUGAUUACGGAACAGGAUAAGAUGUCAUUGAAGAAAUGAUAAGAUAACUUUGUUUAUAGAAAUUAGACAUUGAUGUAUUUUUUAAUUACAUAGACUUAUUUAAAGAUAAAUGUAAGCUUCCUUAUAUGUAUGAAUAUUGUUUUUCUGAAUUGCUUAUUCGAUUAAAUUAUUCAAUCUAGACUGUAGAAAAUUGUUAUGAUGAUUCUUUCAAAAAGUUAAUAAAUUAAUCAUAAAAUAAUUUGAAUUUUUACAAUGCUUUAUUGGAAGAGUAAUUAGAAAUAAUUUCUGAAUUCCCUUAUGCAUAACUCCCACCUGUGAUGUUGAACAAUCAUGUUGGUGUAAAAAAUAUCACAGCCAAGAAUAUAUUCAUUAAUAUUUGCGAAAGUUUCAUAAAUCCCCCUGAAAUAUGCAGUAAUUAAAAAGAUGACUGGCGCAGAUAGGAUCUCUCAUAACAAUCUAGUUCCUUCUUAUAAUUACUUAUCAUCCUAUUGGCUGUUCUACUUAUAUUUUUAGUCGUAGCAACACUAGUCUAUAAAAAGGUUGUGAAGCGUGCUUCGCAAGAAUAAACAACAGAGUAAGUGCACGAGCUAGUCACUUAAUAUAUUAAUUUUGUGGAAACCAAAGCUUCUAAGUAGAAAAAUAGUUAAUGA